AUGGACUCGACGCCGUCGCAGGAUUUCGUGAGCCUCCAGUCGAGGGUGUCAAGUGACGAUACUCCCCAACCCACAGUUGGGGGUUUCAAACGAGAUGCCGCUGGUUUCCGUGACCCCGGCCAGCUCGCCGCCGCCACCACCUGGCUGAGACCUCUUCCGAGAGGCCAGCCGCUUUGGCCUGCCACUGCCGCGGUCAAGCAGGAGCUAACAUCGCCUGCCAGGACGCGUACAGCUUCGAGACUUGCCGAGUUUGCCUUGGCUGUUGCUUCAGCCUCGACGGCGCCAUUGCCGCAGGGGGGCACAGCAACGGACAACGCCGUCCCCAUCUCGCUUCCCGAUGUCUUCCACAUGGCAUUGCACAGGCCGGCAGAUCUUCGGAUGCCAGCGCGUGGACGGUGUCCCUCGCACGCGCUUUAGUGCCUUCCAUGGACAAUGCUCUCAAAUUUAGUCCGGGUUCUCAUUCGAUAAACAGUAACAAUGGCAUUCAGGGCACCACAAACCGAUUGGAAAUGUUCUCU